AUGAACAAUAACGACCCCAAGUUUUACCCUGAUCUGGUGGUAAAUAGUGGCCAGCAUCCCUCCGGCUCCGAUCAGCUCCCUCACGCUGGCAGCCAACAACAGAAGCGCCAGAACAGCUUGUCCAACUACAUGAUCGCCAACUCCAACAAAAGAAGCCAAAACCCAUUACCCUCCAGCAUGCAGGGCUCGCAGGACUUCUACAAUGCAUCCAACAACUCCACGUUCAACUCCACGUUCAACGCCAGCCAGGUGGCCCAGGCGCCAGGCACCCCAGCGGUAUCGUCGCCACGCUAUCCCUCGGUGAGAUCGGGAGCCAGACGCAGCAUGAUUCAACAGCAGCCAUCCAUGGGCAACUUGAAGACCCCCACCCACUCCCCUUACGAGGUGCCUUCCAGCCCCAACGUCAACCCGAUGUCGAACGUGUCGGUGCAGAACCACUCGGACCUGUCCGACUCCAACGCAGUGUUGGAGCACCAGAUGGAUGCGAACCAGAAUGAUCUCUUGCCUACAGCCAAAGAUCUGACUGUAUCGACCCCCAUGAACUCGAGCUCGCACCCCAGACACCCGCUGCAGCAGCCAGACCUGGCCCAGCCCCAGCUGACCCAGGCGCCGCCCAGAACCAUGUCAGAUGAGGAGCAGCAGUUGGCAUCGAAAUUGAAGGAAACCUACAAGAACGUGGUCAACUUUGAGGAGAUUGUCCAAAAAAAUUGCAUUGAUAUCACGAUAAAGAUCAACCAGUUGACCAGCAACAAUCAUAAUAGCAGCUUGGUGUACGGUAACUCGCCUCUUAUUAAUCAGCAGCUCUCGUCUUCGGUUAACUCAAACACCUCAUUAACGUCCACUACCACCAGGACCUCGGAAUUGCUGAACGACUUGUGGACGGUCUAUCAUCACAACAUUACGCUAUUAGACAACUACUACGACUUCUUGGUAACCGCUCUCAAGCCUUCAUCUAAUCAAACCCAGUUCAAAACAGGUAAAAAUAUCGUGGAGCUCUACAAGAUUCCCAGACGUAUGUGGGUUUACGGCAUUGUGGGUUUUCUCGAGGUGUUGAAGAACAUCAUGAGCAUUUACCAAGAUCAUGAAAUUUGCCUGUGCUUCAUCUCAUACUGCUUCAACAUCAUUUCUAACUUAACAGACCCCAUUCUUGAAAUGGAAGGGUGGUGGCUGGAAAAACUUGGUGAUUUGUCUCGUAUGGCAAUUGCCCUUUAUGCAUCAAAAUUUAUAGACUGGAAAAUUAGUGCCGAAUACUGGUAUUCAGUUGCUAUGAGGACCCUUUAUGGCCAUGGAAAAAUUUACUACCACAUGUGUACCGUUCAGCAAGAUAAUUUGGAUGCUUUGGUUAAUAUUGGUAAAUCGGUUGUUUGUCGUGACCCGUUCGUUCCUACCCAGCACUACUUGAGAUUGGUUGUUGAGAAUAUUUGUACCCAAAGAAAUAUCUUGUCCUUGUUGGAAUUGCCUAUAAUUGACUUCAUCAAGAUCCAUAAAGUUUUGCUCAGCAUUUUUAACCGCACGAAUGACGGUAUUUCAAAUUCCGUUGAAGGCAUUCAUGAUUCACAAGUCCAAUAUGGUAUCGAUUUGGUCACUCGGUAUGGUUUAACAUUUGGGUCUGACUCUAGUGGAUACAAUUUCUUUACUAGGGAAUUAUACACUGCAAAUGGCGUAACGUCUAUUAAUGACCCUCAUCAUCCUUACUACUUACAGCAGCAGCAGCAACAACAAACUCCAAAUGCAGCCAAUAGUAUGGAAAAAAUCAACUUCUGGUUGAAUAAAGGUUCCCUCUUUGCCAUUGCAAAUAUCAAUCAUUUGAUCGGUUUUGGAGAUGCUAAAAAUCCCUUCGCUAAAAUAUUCUUACUUCCAGAAGCUCUCAAGGAAAGAAAGGACAAAAAGGAUAGAAAGCGGAAAUCUCGUGCAUCUUCUCAGGCUCACAUUGAUGACAGCAAUAACUCCAUAACUGGGGGUGUUGAUGGUCAAACUGUAUCUGUAUCGGAUUUAUCCGUUAAUGAUUGGUUCUAUUGCUUGCAAUUCAUCAACAAAUCAGUGUUGGAAUUGUCCAUUCGUAUCUUGAACCACUACCUAGUGGGGCCAAAGCAAGCAUCUACAAGUCAUGUGAUUGUCUGGUUAUACUUUUUGAUAGCCGUUGGAGACUCAUCGAAGAAAUACUCCAACAGCAAGACAAUGGUAGACUGGUUAUUCAAGAAGCUUUUCCCAUGGGAGUCUCUUAUCAACUAUCUUAAUUCAUUGCUUUCAUUUGUUAGAAAUAGUCCCAAAUUAUCAAAGCUAUGUGCCCACUACCUUCAACAAGGCGACUAUAUUCAGUACUUCAACGAAAAUGAAUUUCUUCCUGAAGUUUGGAAGUGUUGGGGUACUUUGUGGUUUGACUCCAUCGUUGAAAAGGGUGACUACACUGAUUUGGAAUCUGCAGGAGUCAAGAACAAUAAUUUAUUUGACUUACCGGUGUGUGGAUCGUAUUCUGCAGUCAAUUUGGCUAGCGAAUCUGAUCACAAGUCAAGGAACCAGAUGGAAAAUGAUAAUGAUGAAAGAAUUGUCCGUAUUAUUUUAUUGGCCAGAAUUAUUGCAGACAAGCAUUCUUUUGGUUUGGUAAGAUCGGAUUAUGAAUUCAAGUAUGAUGAGACCAUUUACAACACUACUGAUUCGUCCGUUCCUUCAUCGAACUCUACUCAAAAUGACCCGUAUGCCUACAUGGAAGAGUUUUUGUUGAGUGAUGGUAGAUUUGUACAGAAUAACUUUUUACAGCCUAUUUCCAGAGAAAACUUGUCCAAUGUCAGCUAUCAUCUUACCACUGCUCAAAAAGAUAAUAUGUGGUUUAGAUCUAACGGAGGUUAUGAUGAGGAGAAUCAAUUAGGUGAUGAUAUGGUACAGGACCAAGAAGGAGGCGGCCAGUAUGGAGUGCCGCAAUAUGAAGAUGAAGAGGCUGGCAUAGACUCUCAACACCAGCAGAGCCUUCACAAUCAUCACUUGUAUCAUCAGCAACAACACCAACAAGCAUUGCAACAAGCCCAGCAGAUUGCUGGAGGAGAAGGUUUCUACAACGAGAUUUUCAUUGAAAGUGGGGACGCCGGAGUAAACAAGAAUAAGAUUAGUAUUGAGGGUAACCUUGGUGAUCGCAUGGAUAACAGCUUGACCCAUAUUACCUUGGAUACCAACAUCUGGCUCAAGCACUGUGGUAGGAUCUACAAAUGUGUUCGUAACGGAGUGUUCAAAAUUCUGAUACCAUUGAUAGUGUUCCAAGAAUUGCGGGCGUUACGAAAAUCGGUCGAGGCCACAAUCUCGGAUGCUGCCACCCGGUCGGUGAUCAUUGUGCGUGAGUUGUACUUGACGGGGGAGAUUCUCCCGUUGAGGUACGACGGCUCAGUAGCGUCAGACAUCAAUGAAACGCUCGAGUUUGAGAAUAAUUCGAAUUGGAGAUCGUGCGUGGAUGAAACCAUCUUGAAUGCAGUCAAUGAGCACGAUGAAAUUGGCAAGAAAAUGUUGAAGGGGCUCAACGCCAAGUUGUCAGGGGUCAGCAAAGGGGAUUCGCGUGCGCCGGUGACAGUGUUGAACCAUGUGACGGCCAGAAUGUUCCGGUAUUGCGUACUCAUCACUGACGACCGGAACAUGCGACUCCGGGCCAAGACUAUUGGGUUGACCAGUUUCCAGAGCAAGUGGCUCUUCACCCAGUUGGAGAGCGUUUUUCCCUACAAGUGCAUAGAUUAG